AAUUUAAUAUAUAAAUUUCUUAAAAUAUACUUAAUAAAACUCUUCUUAUAUUAUUUUAUUAAUGUCAUUUUAAUAAUUUCAUUGCACAAACUACACUUGAAUAGUAUUGUUAGACUUGAACAACAUGUAACUCUAAAAAUAAUAUAAUAUUUAGAAAAAUUAAAAAUGUACUUAUUUAAUUGUAAUAUUAUUGUUAAGGCACAAAUGUUAUCUAGCUUUAAGGAGUAUUUUACUUGAAAUACCAAAUGGAUUGCAUUCUGAUUUCCUGCAGUGGUCAACAUGGAUUCGUGGUAGCUAUAACAGGUAUAGAGAAUAUUGCAAAAGGCUUGAUUCGCGAUGGUACAGGAUUUGUAACAUUCCCUGUGAAGUGUCAAUGUGUUGUCUUUAGACCAUUUAGAGGCAAGAUCUUAGAAGCUGUUGUGACCAUGGUCAACAAGAAGGGAUUCUUUGCAGAAGCUGGACCUGUUUGAAUUUUUGUUUCAAACCAUGGUUGGGCCAAUCUCUGUAGAAAAUGUUCCAGGAUUCAUUUUUUGCAGGGUGGAUUACAAAAUUGGGUGUCUUUAAUUGCUCGUACUUUAUGUCCUUGACAUGUGAUUAACUGAUUAUGCCAUAUAUGUCUUCUGCAUCUCUAUCGAUAAUGGUUUUUGUUUUGGUAGUUGAUUCCGGAUGAUAUGGAGUUUCAAUCUGGAGAUAUUCCCAAUUAUACUACUUCAGAUAGAUCGGUAUGGUUUAGCCAGAUAAAAAAGUUAAAGAGCA